AUGAGCAUUAACUUCAGCGAUCUGAAUCGUGGUCUGGUCAUAGAGUUGGACGGGGCGCCGUGGAUGGUGAUGGACUAUGAGCGCCACAAGAUGCAGCAGCGGGCCCCUGUGACCCGGAUCAAGAUGAAGAACCUGCUCAGCGGAACUGUCGUCGAGCGCACCUUUCAGCGCUACGACACUGGUUUCACCAUUGCCGACAUAGACAAUCGUGCGACCCAGUACCUGUACACCGACGGGGAGUUCUACUAUUUCCUCGACCAAGAGACCUUUGACCAGUACGAAUUGACGACCGAGGUCCUGGGAGAGUCGCUGGGCUACCUGAAAGAAAACGCCCACGUCGAGGUGGUGUUUUACAAGGGGGCGGCUAUCAGCGUGAACAUGCCGAACCAUGUGGAACUGGAGGUUACCGAGACUCCCCCCUCGUUCCGGGGCGACACCGCCCAGGGCGGGAACAAGCCCGCCACGCUGGAGACGGGGCUACGGCUCAAUGUCCCAAUGUUCAUAACGCCGGGAACGGUUAUCCGGGUGGACACUCGUACCGGGGCUUACAGCGAGCGCGUGAGCUGA